UGUGCGGUCCCCACCACUCAAGGAUUAAACUUGGACAGGUCUCCUUCUCCAGAGGAUAAGAAGAGUAUUGACUGGAUUGGGGAGGUGAUGAAGAGCUGCUGAAGCCGGGCUGUCGUUGAACCUGUGAACACUGUUUGAUAUUUAGGGGGGGUUUCUUUUUUGGUUGUGUUGUUUAGCCCUCUCCCUCUGAGUAGAGGUGAAGAGGUGACUCUGGAAGUGCUUGCAGAGGAAUUUAAGCAGAAGCAGAGAUUUGAUCCCACUGAGCUGCCACUGGUCUGCAGGCAGUUUUGUGUUUUUAUUCUCUUUUAAUCAUUCCCUUGAUGCUGAGGCAGAAUGGACGGCUCCUCUCUGUUGGACACCAAUUACAAUGACACUUACGUGGAUGAGCGUUUUUACUACGAGGACAACAUUGAUGCGUUUGGCAUCACCAUGGCCAUUCUCUACCCGUUGGUGUGCAUCCUGGGACUAGCUGGGAAUUCCCUUGUCAUCAUCGCCAUUGUGAAAUUAGACAAAAUGUCAUCGUCCACGACGGUGUAUGUUUUCAACCUGGCCCUGGCCGAUGGACUCUUCAUGGUUGGUCUGCCAUUCAUAGCGAGCCAGAACUUCCUGAACCGCUGGGUGUUUGGUGACAUUGCAUGCAAAGUGGUCAUGGUGCUGGACGGCAUCAACCAGUUCACCAGCGUCUUCUGCCUGACAGUGAUGAGCAUCGACCGCUACAUGGCGCUGGCCGACCCGCUUCGGUUUGCGCGCUGGAGAACGCCGCGCUGCGCAAAGAUCAUUUCGGCGGUUCUGUGGCUGUUCUCGCUCCUCACCAUCCUCCCCAUGGCGCUUCACUUCUCGGCGGAUAAAGGCCUGUGCAUACCAGAGCUCGUCUCGGACACCUGGUGGCUCGGCAUCCUCUCUUACACCUUUGUCAUGGGAUUUGCUCUGCCAUUCAUGAUGAUGAUCGCAUCCUACACGGCGCUCCUGCUCACCCUGCGGCUCCAGCGACUCAGAAGGUCGACACCAAACCAGGAAAGCCACCGGCUGGAGCGACAGGUCACCAGGAUGGUGGUGGCGGUGGUGGUCGUGUUUGGAGUGUGCUGGCUGCCGUUUUACACCUUCAACUUCUGCUCCCUGCAUCAAAGUGGUCUGGUGCUGACUUUCGCCAGAGCUUUUGAGUGCAUGGUCCUUUUGUCCUACUCAUGGAGCUGUGCUAACCCCAUCCUCUACGCCUGCCUCUCCGAUACCUUCAGGAGGCACUUCCGCACCCUCCUCUGCCCCAUGGUCAAGUCAUCUCCCAGCAUGCAGUGCAACACUGAACGGUAUGACUUGAAUGACACAGGGGCGCGGGAUGUCACCAUACUCGCAUAGAGAGAAGACUAAAGACUGAGUCACCAUUUAUUUCCAUUUCCUGCACUGCAUGAUACCUUCAACUUAUUUACUCAUUUGAUUGUAAUUAACCCUAAUUUUAGUUUUUAUUUGUUAUUUUGGAAACAGUUACAGAUUAUUGUUGAACAUAUUUUCUUUAAGCUUGUUAUUUCCUGGGUGAUUGAGUUCGGUUUCUUCCUAACUGUGUAACCACACAUGUGUACACAAGGUGAUAACUCAUAGCCGUCUCAAAUAACAGUGUUUGAUAUCAUGUCUACAGAGACUCCUGGUGAUCGCACACUCCACUGUUUGAGUAGUGACUGUAAAUCAUUCUCACCAGCUGUAAAGUUUACCCUGUCCUCCCUGUGUAAACGAAAGGGUUGGCUUUCUGCUUUCCAAUUUCUUUCUCACGAAAAAAUGUCUUUAAAGGUCAAGAAAGGCCAAAAAAACAUACUUUUUUCAUUCAUUUUUUUCAUUUUGACUUCGAGGAUUUUCCAUAAAGCUCUUCAUCCGACAAAUCCCCCCCCACUUGUUAAGAGUGCAGACCCCCUCCUCCCCGCUCCGUCUGACUCAGACGUGUUGUAUAAUUUGUCGUCUAAUAACUCAGACGGCCGAGCUGACCUGCUCUAGUGCAUCUCCUUAUACUGCUUUUCACCAGGAACUAAUGAAAUGCGGCACAAGAGGCUUGAAGUGAGGACAGGUGGAGUGUAAACAGCGUAGCAUGGGUCACAUGCCUUUGGCCAAACACCAGCACACAAAGACGCACACAGACACACACACACAGACAGGCCCCUCGACUCCCACAGCUGGUGGCUUUCGAGUGUUGAAUAGCGUCAAAUGUGUGUGUGUUUGUGCGUGGGUGGCCAUGUGCAUGCAUCUCUAUGUCUUGUAUGUCAAGGUUAGGCCUUAGAAAUAUAUGUUGUUUUCUAACCAUGCAUUUACAUAGACAACCUGCUGCAUUAUGAAUGUAAAUUUGUUACACAUGUUGACCUCUAGAGGGCACACCAGAGAGCUCACACCUCAAACAACCACUGGAUUUUCAUUAUGUAAACAAUAAACAUGACGACACGAAAUUGGUCUUUGUAUUCUGCGGCCAGUUCAGGCAACUGAUUACUGGUGGACAAAAAACACCGUUUACAACAAUUUCCAACGUGGGCAGACGUAGCAAACUCAGAAUUGAUUUCCACAUCAACUUACAAAAUUAUAUUCAUCUGUCCUCAGCUAAUUUGACUGGCAUGUUUGUCAUACGUUUAACAUACAGACCUAGGUAAGUGCAGAAUUCCUCUAUUAGCAUGUCUUCAAAACUUUCCACAAUACUGUUUGUACACUGCCCCCUACCUUUCAUGCACAUAUUGCGAUUGCAUACGGGUAGCGCUAAUUUUUGAGGACAUGCCAAAUGGACCAAGGAUAUGUGACGCUGCCAUCAUGCACUCCGGAAUGUGUAUUUUAAAACAAGUAUAUGUCCUAACUUGCUGUUGAUUUUCUUAAAUUUUAUUAAGUUAGCUAAAAACCUUGUGUAAUGAAAAUUACAGCAGAUGAGACAUUUUAGAAGCAGUCUUGGGUGUAGCUUGAUUAAAAUGCUUUUUAUGGGGCCAACAUUGUAGAAACAUUAUUUGCACACGUGUAGAGAAUUGUGUAACGGUAUCUCAACCUGUGUGUGUGUGUGUAACCAGAUUCGUAAACGUGUAAAAGAAUCAGCAAACGCAUGCUGAGAUUUGCAAAUGCGUACAGGAAUCUGCAAACGCGUAUUCAGAAUGUGUGUAAUCAUAUAUUAAACAUCUGUAAAUGUGCAAUUACAUUUGCAAGUAUGUUCAGACUGAAUGUGAACGUGUGUGGACAAAUCUGCUGAUAUGUGAAUAGAUCUAUAAAUGUGUAGAUACAUUUUUUACCCGUUUAUAUAGAUAUUAAUGGCUACAAAGGGAAAAUGUUUAGCUACAACAGCUGGAAAUAUAUUUACAACUCAGACGGGCCUAUCAUUUUAGGAUUUUUGCCAAACUUCUGGUGCAUCACAUGGUCAAAUGCGUGGAUGCAGGUUGAUAUGGACAAAUCUCCAUAAGUAUUACACACCCAUGGAUUGAGAUACAGUUACACAACACACACACACACCCACACACACACACACACCCACACACACACACACACACACACACACACACACACACACACUCAAAUAACAUUGCUAUAUUAUAUAUAUAUAUAAAAACAACAGACAUUCACCUGAAUACAAAGAAAAUUUCAUGUAGUAGCAAGUACAUGCUUCUUUUAAUUACCUUCCAUUCAUGUCAGUACUCUGGUGUCAGCUUUAAAAGCCCCUUUUCAAAGGAAUGCAUUAUGCAUCAGAACGAGAGACGACAAAUGUAAACACCGUCAACACUGACCGGAGGAUCCAAUCACAGCAUCUGAAGACUCAGAUUUACACAUGUAAAAAGAAAUAUCUUUUUCUAUUUGCAUUCAAAAUCUGUGAUGUAAAUAUGUAUAAAUAAUCUGUCAUAAUCUGUAUUUUGUAGAGAAAUGUAUGAUAUAUGAUGAUAUUUGAACAUAUACCACAGAUUUGAGUGUCUCCUUUUUAAACUGCGUGUCAGUGUUCUGUUACUGAACUGUUAGUGAUACUAAAUGUGAAUAAAGACAUGUUGCCUGGGCUCGAA